AUGGCUAAUACCCCAACCUCCGCCACCGCUAGCACCCAACCUCAGGGUGAGAUGAAGUUUGUCAGUGGCUUCGCAACCGGCAGCCGAACAGUGAAGCGCAGAGCAUCUAAGGCAUGCCAUUGCUGUCGCUCUCGCAAGGUCCGAUGUGACCUUACAGCGAGUGGCAUUCCGUGUACCAACUGCAGGCUCGACCGGGUCGAGUGCAUUGGUACCGAGACCAAGAGGCGACGCGGGUGCUUUAAUGAAGACGAACUCUUGCAGCUUCCUUACAACUCGAUUGAGGAAAAGCUGUCUCAAUCCCUUACUCUUGAUAACACUGAUGGUCUUAACGAAUCGCCUCCCACCACGGACCCGUUGGAAACAGCCAAUAACGACAUGCCCGGUUUGGGCGGUGGCCUCAAUAACAAUCAACUUCACAUGCUCUGUAAUGCUCUCCACACCACAGGCUCUGUCAAGAAUGAUCAAACCCAUGGUAAUCGCCUGAGUUUUGCGACAAGCACUAAUCCGCUGCCGUCUCCGGAAACUAUUUCCCGCAGAUUGCCAUACUAUCACCAACUCUCCGGUCAUCUAAAAAUUGUGCUUCCCAAUUAUAUUCAACCAAUAACUCAGCGAAUCAUGACCGAGGAUCUAAAGUAUCUUGAGAGCAAAGGGGCAUUCAUCAUUCCCGACAUAGGGCUCCGAAACGAGCUCCUGCGAUGCUACGUCCAGUUUGUUCACCCGUUCCUACCCGUGCUCGAUCUAGACGACUUUCUUUCAGCCAUAGAGAAGAACGAGCCACGGGACGCCGUCAGCCUGUUAUUAUUCCAGGCAGCUAUGUUCGCAAGUACCGCAUUUGUCGAUAUGAGUUAUCUUAUAGCCCAAGGCUACACUACGAGGAAGGCGACCAGGAGGCUCUUCUUCGGAAGGGUAAAGCUCCUCUACGAUUUCGACAUCGAGGUCGAUCGUAUCCCGCUCAUACAGAGUCUUCUUCUCAUGACCUACUGGUGCGACGAUCUUGACGAAUAUAAGGAUAUAGGUCACUGGCUAGGUAUUGCCGUUUCUCUUGCCCAAAGUAUAGGUUUGAACCGCGACACCUCUAAAGAAAACUCUAUGAGCCAGAAGCAGAAAUGCUUAUGGAAGCGUAUUUGGUGGUCCUGCUUCAUGAGAGACCGUCUUAUUGCCGUUGGAACGCGUCGGCCUACACGCAUCAAUGAGGCCGACUUCGACGUGCUUCCACUUGAGCUCGCCGAUUUUGAGACUCGUGCGCUCUCAUCAAACUUGAUCAAAAUGCUAGGCAGCUGUCCUGCCGUCGAAGAUAGCUCAAAGCGUGUCGCCCUUGCCAAGAUGUGCAUUAGGCUCUCUAAUCUUUGCAGCUACAUCACCUCAAUACUCGCGGUACAAUAUUCGACUCUAGGUCGCAAGAUCGGAGUCACUACUGAGACCACCAUGAGACUGAUACCCAAGGAAUCAGCAACCGAUCCCUACGCUAUCACCCGCUGCGAUCGAGAGCUAGAACAGUGGCGAAAAGCACUACCUCGCUAUAUAUACUACUCUACCUCGAGGCCACAUGAGAGGUCCACUACCAACAGAGACAAAGUAAUCAACCUGCAUCGAGCUUUAUUAACAGGUAUCUAUCUCACAACUCUUUGCGCAUUGCACUGGCCGCAGAUUCAAACAGCAUCACCCAGCAUCGUCAUCGCAUCUAAUCUUCGCAAUUUGUCCAAGCACCGAGUUUGGGAGGCCGCCCAUGACUUCACUAAAAUAUACAAGGAUCUGUACGCCCAUGACUUGAUCAAAUACCUACCCACCACGGGUGUGACCUGCCUGCUAACGGCCUCUUCGAUUUAUCUUCUGGAUAUCAAGUCCGCUGACGCCAAUAACCAUCAGACCAGCAUCGACGAGCUCCAGUUCUGCCUUCAGGCUCUCCAGCGUCUUCGAGAGAUUUACGCGUCAGCCGACUAUGUCUUCUCUGUCCUUGAGGCCGCGGCUCGCCAAACUAAUGCCCAAGUGGUGGCAGCCUCUGCAAUAAGCCCAGAGUUUCUGACUGUGCCGCAACCUGCGCAGCAGUCUAAGCAACAGCACAGGCCUCUGCUCACUCCUUCUCCCGAGGCGAUGCAAACCGCCAGCCUCUUAACCUUCACAUGCACGAUGACUCAGGACGAGAGACAGUUCGUCGGAGAGUACACGGCCAACGGGUUUAAUGUCGGUAGGAACUCCUACCACUCCACCGGCGGACCGUUGGUUCCUUUUAAGGAUCUCGGCGGCCCAGAGUCCCAGAAGGCGAUAGAGAAACAGGAAAAAGAGCAGACUCAUCAGGACCCGGAUACCUUGAGCAAUUUGGAGGGUACCAACGAUCUAUUUACGAGCGACCACGAAGAUGACGGAUUUUACAUGAACAUGCAAUGGCUCGAAGGGUAUGAUGUUGACGCGACCACUAGAGGAUUCUCGGACUCCUAG